GAAGUAAAAUUGAAUUUUCACCGACUGUACCGCGCUCAAACCGAUCGAAAACAUUCGCAAACAGUUCCCGGAGCACUCCGGUCACGGAAAAGUGCGAAGUAGGGCCCCGGGAGACAUAGUUCGAGACGAUAAAUAUCCAUUUACCUUGCACUUGGUUGCCCGUGAGGGGGAAGACAAAAAGGAAAAAGAAGCUCCUUUCUGCGAAGCUGUGCACGACCUUAGUCAUCCGCGCUUGUGUAUUGAUUGCGUUUUCCGAAUAAGAAAUCCAAGGACAACACAAUGAGUGGAGAUUCGAAGGCACCGUUGCGUACGGUGAAGCGCGUACAGUUCGGCAUCCUAUCGCCGGACGAGAUCCGCCGGAUGUCGGUGACGGAAGGUGGCAUACAGUAUGCGGAAACGAUGGAGGGUGGGCGGCCGAAGCUGUGUGGCCUGAUGGACCCACGGCAGGGUGUUAUCGAGCGAACGUCGCGUUGUCAGACGUGUGCGGGCAACAUGACCGAAUGCCCGGGCCAUUUCGGGCACAUCGAUCUCGCCAAACCAGUCUUUCACAUCGGUUUCAUCACGAAGACGAUAAAAAUCCUUCGCUGCGUUUGUUUCUACUGCUCCAAGAUGCUCGUCUCACCGACCAACCCCAAGAUUAAGGAAAUCGUCAUGAAGUCGAAAGGGCAACCUCGCAAGCGCCUCGCGUACGUUUACGAUCUGUGCAAAGGCAAGAAAAUCUGCGAAGGUGGUGAAGAUAUGGACAUGACGAAAGAUCCGAGCGCUGCGGAUGCCAGCAAAAAGCAGGGCCACGGUGGUUGCGGUCAUUAUCAGCCCUCUAUCCGGCGCACCGGGCUUGACCUGAUGGCCGAGUGGAAGGAGGUGAACGACGAAAAUCAGGAGAAGAAAAUCCAGGUUUCGGCCGAGCGGGUGUACGAGAUCCUGAAGCACAUUACCGACGAAGAGUGCUACGUGCUCGGUAUGGAUCCGAAGUUCGCCCGUCCCGAUUGGAUGAUCAUCACCGUACUACCGGUACCACCGUUAGCCGUGCGGCCGGCCGUCGUAAUGUUCGGGGCGACCAAAAAUCAGGACGAUUUGACGCACAAACUUUCCGACAUCAUCAAGGCGAACAACGAGCUGAAGAAAAACGAAGCAACCGGCGCCGCGGCACACGUGAUUGCGGAAAACAUCAAAAUGCUUCAGUUUCACGUGGCCACGCUAGUCGAUAACGACAUGCCGGGAAUGCCGAAGGCAAUGCAGAAAAGCGGCAAACCGCUUAAGGCGAUCAAAGCGCGUCUGAAGGGAAAGGAAGGUCGUAUCCGUGGUAAUUUGAUGGGUAAGCGUGUAGAUUUUUCAGCCCGUACCGUCAUCACACCGGAUCCAAACUUGCGAAUCGAUCAGGUCGGAGUGCCGCGUUCAGUCGCGCAAAACAUGACCUUCCCGGAGUUGGUGACCCCGUUCAACAUCGAUCGCAUGCAGGAGCUAGUGCGCAGAGGAAAUUCGCAGUACCCGGGCGCUAAGUACAUCGUGCGAGACAACGGUGAGCGUAUCGAUCUGCGCUUUCACCCGAAGUCAUCCGAUCUGCACCUUCAGUGCGGCUACAAGGUGGAGCGCCAUCUACGCGACGACGAUCUGGUCAUCUUCAACCGACAGCCAACGCUACACAAGAUGAGUAUGAUGGGGCAUCGUGUGAAGGUGCUACCCUGGUCGACGUUCCGAAUGAACCUCAGCUGUACCUCACCCUACAACGCCGAUUUCGACGGUGACGAGAUGAACCUGCACGUCCCGCAAUCGAUGGAGACGCGUGCGGAAAUCGAAAACAUUCACAUUACCCCGCGCCAGAUUAUUACGCCGCAGGCGAAUAAACCUGUCAUGGGUAUUGUGCAGGACACGCUGACGGCGGUGCGAAAGAUGACCAAGCGGGAUGUGUUCAUCGAAAAGGAGCAAAUGAUGAACCUGCUCAUGUUCCUGCCGACCUGGGAUGGCAAGAUGCCGCAACCGUGCAUCCUCAAACCGAAACCACUGUGGUCGGGUAAACAAAUCUUCACCCUCAUCAUUCCCGGCAACGUGAACAUGAUCCGUACGCAUUCGACGCACCCGGAGGAGGAAAACGACGGGCCGUUCAAGUGGAUUUCGCCCGGCGACACCAAGGUCAUGGUCGAGCACGGUGAGCUGAUCAUGGGCAUCCUGUGCAAAAGGACCCUCGGAACGUCGGCCGGCUCGCUGCUACACAUCGUGUUCCUCGAGCUGGGCCACGAAAUUGCCGGACGAUUCUACGGCAACAUUCAGACGGUCGUCAACAACUGGCUGCUGCUGGAGGGUCAUAGUAUCGGUAUCGGUGAUACGAUUGCCGAUCCGCAGACCUAUUCCGAUAUUCAGCGUGCGAUCAAGAAGGCCAAGGAGGACGUGAUAGGCGUGAUCCAAAAGGCGCACAACAUGGAGCUCGAACCAACGCCCGGUAACACGCUGCGACAGACGUUCGAGAACCAGGUGAACCGUAUCUUGAACGACGCUCGUGACAAAACUGGUGGCUCCGCCAAGAAGUCGCUCACUGAGUACAACAACCUGAAGGCUAUGGUCGUGUCUGGUUCGAAGGGUUCCGACAUUAAUAUCUCACAGGUUAUUGCUUGCGUGGGUCAGCAGAACGUCGAAGGUAAGCGGAUUCCAUUCGGGUUCCGCAAGCGCACCCUGCCACAUUUCAUCAAGGAUGAUUACGGUCCCGAGUCGCGUGGCUUCGUGGAAAAUUCGUACCUGGCCGGGCUGACGCCUACCGAGUUUUACUUCCAUGCCAUGGGUGGUCGUGAGGGUUUGAUCGAUACCGCCGUCAAGACGGCCGAAACCGGUUAUAUCCAGCGUCGUCUGAUCAAGGCGAUGGAGUCGGUAAUGGUCAACUAUGAUGGUACGGUGCGUAACUCGGUCGGUCAGCUAAUUCAGCUGCGUUACGGCGAAGACGGGCUGUGCGGUGAAGCGGUAGAGUUCCAGAAUCUACCGACGAUCAAGCUCUCGAACAAGGUGUUCGAGAAGCGCUACCGAUUCGAUCCAACCAACGAGCGCACGCUUCGGCGGAUCUUCAACGAGGAUGUCAUCAAGGAGCUGACGGAAUCGACCUCGGUCAUCCAAGAGAUCGAGGCGGAGUACGAGCAGCUGUUGCGCGACCGGGAAGCGCUCCGGCAGAUCUUCCCGAACGGUGAGUCGAAGGUGGUACUGCCGUGCAACCUGCAGCGUAUGAUCUGGAAUGUGCAGAAGAUUUUCCACAUCAACAAACGCUCACCGACGGAUCUGUCGCCACUGAAGGUGAUCCAAGGCGUGCGAGAUCUGCUGCAGCGCUGCGUCAUCGUGGCCGGCACGGAUCGGCUGUCGAAGCAGGCGAACGAAAACGCAACCCUGCUGUUCCAGUGUCUCGUUCGCUCGACCCUCUGCACCAAGUACGUCGCGGAAGAGUUCCGGCUGAACAACGAGGCGUUCGAGUGGUUGAUCGGUGAAAUUGAGACACGCUUCCAGCAGGCCCAGGUUAACCCGGGUGAAAUGGUGGGUGCCUUGGCCGCACAGUCCCUUGGAGAGCCGGCCACACAGAUGACACUGAACACGUUCCACUUUGCCGGUGUGUCGUCGAAGAACGUAACACUCGGUGUGCCUCGGUUGAAGGAAAUUAUCAACAUCUCCAAGCGACCGAAGGCCCCCUCGCUGACGGUGUUCCUUACCGGUGGUGCGGCCCGUGACGCGGAGAAGGCGAAGAAUGUGCUCUGUCGGCUGGAGCACACGACGCUGCGCAAGGUCACGGCCAAUACGGCAAUCUACUAUGAUCCCGACCCGCAGCGCACAGUGAUCGCGGAGGAUCAGGAGUUUGUGAACGUGUACUACGAGAUGCCCGACUUCGAUCCGACCCGCAUCUCGCCGUGGCUGCUGCGUAUCGAGCUGGACCGCAAGCGCAUGACGGACAAGAAGCUCACGAUGGAGCAGAUCGCGGAGAAGAUCAACGCCGGGUUCGGCGACGAUCUGAACUGCAUCUUCAACGACGACAACGCGGACAAACUGGUGCUGCGCAUCCGUAUCAUGAACGAGGACAACAAGUUCCAGGAGAACGAGGAGGAAAACAUGGACAAGAUGGAGGACGACAUGUUCCUGCGGUGCAUCGAGGCGAACAUGCUGUCGGACAUGUCGCUGCAGGGCAUCGAGGCGAUCGGCAAGGUGUACAUGCAUCUGCCGCAGACGGACGCGAAGAAGCGGAUCGUCAUCACCCCGGAGGGUGAGUUCAAGCCGAUCGGGGAGUGGCUGCUCGAGACGGACGGUACGUCCAUGAUGAAGGUGCUGAGCGAGCGGGACGUCGACCCGGUACGCACUUACAGUAACGACAUCUGCGAGAUCUUCUCCGUGCUCGGUAUCGAGGCGGUGCGUAAGUCGGUCGAGAAGGAAAUGAACAACGUGCUGCAGUUCUACGGUCUGUACGUGAACUACCGCCAUCUGGCGUUGCUUUGUGACGUGAUGACGGCCAAGGGUCAUCUGAUGGCCAUCACCCGACACGGUAUUAACCGACAGGAUACGGGCGCGCUGAUGAGAUGUUCGUUCGAGGAAACGGUGGACGUGCUGAACGACGCGGCAGCGCAUGCCGAGGUCGAUCCGAUGCGUGGUGUGUCGGAGAACAUCAUCCUCGGUCAGCUGCCACGCAUGGGAACCGGUUGCUUCGAUCUACUGCUGGACGCCGAAAAGUGUAAGCUUGGUAUGGAGAUUCCGCACACUUCAAUUCUGGGCGGAACGGGAAUGUUCUUUGGAUCAGCGGCCACACCAAGCAUGACGCCGUGGCAGCAGUCGGCCACACCCGGUUACGGUGGUUGGUCUCCGUCGGGACCAGCAAGUGGUAUGACGCCGGGAGGUCCAAGCUUCUCUCCCUCGGCACAAUCGGACGCAUCGGGAAUGUCACCUUCAUCUUGGUCACCGAUCCGCGGAUCACCGAGUUCUCCGGGACCGUCGAUGUCGCCGUACCCACCAUCGUCACCCUCGAUGUCGCCAUCGUAUUCACCGAGCAGUCCAAACUAUGCCCCGAACUCUCCCGGCGGUGCGUCACCGUCCUACUCUCCGACGAGUCCUUGCUACUCACCGCCAAGUCCACAAUAUUCCCCCGGCAGUUCGAACUACUCGCCAAGCAGCCCUAACAUUCACUCGGCCACCCAGAACUACUCUCCCACCAGCCCCUCGUACUCGCCCAUGUCUCCGAUGCAUCCGACGAGCGCCUCCGCCUACGGUAGCCCAGCCUACUCCCCCACCAGCCCCUCGUAUUCACCCACCUCACCGUCCUACUCUCCGUCGUCACCCGUUUUCUCACCCACCAGCCCCUCCUACUCACCCUCCAGCCCGUCCUACUCACCCACCAGCCCCUCGUACUCACCUACCUCGCCGUCCUACUCGCCAACAUCGCCAAACUUUACGCCCGUCACGCCGUCCUACUCUCCCUCCAGUCCGAACUAUUCCCCGACCUCACCGCACUACUCUCCAGCCUCACCGAGCUAUUCCCCCUCUUCGCCCAAAUAUUCACCGACCUCGCCGAGCUAUUCGCCCACCUCCCCGUCGUACAUUGGGAGCCCGCACUACACCCCGGCCAGCCCGCAGUACGCACAAACCAGCCCGAACUAUUCGCCAACGUCACCCAGCUACUCGCCCUCGUCGCCGCAGCACUCACCCGGCAGCAGCAGCAACCACUACAGCCUGGGCUCAUCCUCGUACUCGCAGACACCCGCUCCCUACUCGCCCAACAUGUCCUCGUACUCACCGAGCAGCCCGAAGUACUCCCCGACCAGUCCCGUCUACACGUCCAGCUCGCCUACCUACUCGCCAUCGUCACCGGCGUACUCGCCCACACCGCAAGGCUACAGUCCGUCGAGUCCGGCAAGUCCAACCUACUCACCGACCAGCCCUUCGUACGACGAUAGCAACGAGGAUUAAACUGAGGUGGGGUCAGGACGACACGAUUGUUGAGGCUGAACCGCGGAAAACACGAACACGCAACACAAUGGAAAACAGAUGGUUCUCCGCUCCGUUCAUCGCGUUGGCAGCAUAAUAAUGGUGAUAGAUCACUGAAUCUGGGAACACUCCCCCUGAGUGGUGGGAAAAUGGCUUUACAAAGUCAAAUAGAGUCCAAGGACGCGAUUUAUCAUAUCUUAUUCGUAGGGACUUUAGUGUUUUUCCUUUUUAGACACGAUCAUAUAUACAUUAUUUCUUAUUUUCUAUCUCUUAAGUUCCCUUCUUCAUGUCUUCAGCUGACAGUGCGAAGAGUUUUCAAGUGCAUUUUGUUUCCCCAACGACGAGCGCCGAAACUUGGUUGCAUUGUGUGUAAUUUUACUCCUACCCAUUGGCAACCGGAAAGUUAGCAAUAGCAAUAGCGCCCCUCAUACGGGUUGAUUAAGAUGGGUGGGGAGUUUUUAAUCCGCAAAAACAAUCGACGAAAUGAUCGGUAAGACAUCCAAUAGUUUCGUUUUUAGUUAACUUGCUCUACUGAUCAGUGGCGCACCGUGUCCCAUCUAGGAGGAUAUCUCCGGUCAAUAAAGUUGUAAAUGUUAUUUAUAAGACAAACCAUUGCUGUAGU